AUCUGUGAAUUAGUAAUCCAUUACACCGCAUCUGGUACACAACAGCACUCGCAAAGUCGGUUCCAGUAUUUUGAAGCACCCUGUCAGUAUACGAUCAUUCGUUCAGCAGAAGCCAUGGCUCCUGCCGCAUACCUUCUCGUGUUAUCACAGCCAGGGGAGCGCGUCUCCGAAGAGGAGUUCGACGACUGGUACGACAACGAGCAUGUCCCCCUCCGCCUCGACGUCCCAGCUUUCCGCACCUGGAAUCGAUGGAAGGCGGCUGACGGCCAGAAGCCCGCUUGGGCAGCUUCCUAUGACAUCGCCUCGUACGAGGACACUCUGAAGCAGCCGUGCUCUCGGCUCGCGGAGACACGUAGCGAACGCGAGAAGAGAAUCUUCAGCGAUAUCGAGAUAGCAGAUAGGCGAACGUACGAGCUGCGGGAGGGUACGCUUCCCUCGCCGUCCUCGCUCUAUAACCCGAAGAAGCCAGCGCGCUAUGUGGCGUUCGUAUUCGUCGAUGUAAAGGAGGGUGGGGAGGAACUGCUCAAUGGGUGGUAUGACGAAGAACAUAUUCCCAUGUUUGCGAAGCAGUCUGGGUGGGUGAGGAGCCGGAGAUUUGUCUUGAAGGACUGGGGGCGGGUAGGAGUAGAUGGGCAGAAGGACCAGCAGCCUCCAGCGAAGUAUCUCGCGGUGCACGAGCGGGAGUCGACAGAGGCGGUGAAGGACCCCAAAUUUAUUCAAACCUGGGAGACUUCAUUGAAGGCCGAGGUGGACAAGGUUGUGGUGAGACGAGAGGUUAGGUCGUUUGAAUAUUACAAGCACUGGGAGAAGUAAGCUGCCUGCCGGUACUGAUACACAUAUGUACUACUAUACUAUACCUGGAGCGAUGUAAUAUCUUUGUAGUGAUUGUAAUGGUAUACAGUAGCUGCAUAUGCACGCUA